CACCCUUUACGCCUUUACGUCGUGUUGUUAGCAUCACCUACCUCGCAAAGCUUGCCAUUCCGCCUCUUCGAAUUUGAUUUUCCAAAUUCGAAAAUCUUUCGUGAUUCUUAUAUACUCCGGCGGAUUUUCUCUGUUAAUCAAUCACCUACUACUAUAUACACUCUCCCCUUUCCUAUCAGCUACAGCUACCCUUUUAUCGAUAUACAGAAAAAGUCAACCCUACUACUCGUGCAUCAUGUUCUAGUUUCCUCUAGUCGAUCAGCUCCAUCAUCUCUCUCGUCGUCUGCAGUCUCGGUAUUACUCUCAACGUGUGAUUCUUCCAAUUGGCCCUGCCAUUACCUGUUCCUAUUUCUAUUCCUGUUUCUCGAAGCAUUCUUCCUCAUCGUCGAAUCUUCCGUUCCACAGGUGUCUUAGAUAUAUAGAUUACUUCAAGAUCUAUAUAUAAGCUACGAGCAUUAAUUCAACUUUCCACUACACCUAUUCAUCGAAUACGUUCACCGUCUGUCUUUAUACGAAAUGGCAUCCGAGGUCAACAAUGCUGAGGGUUCUGCUGCCGCAAGACUUCUUCAAAAGCAUGCUGAAAACCCUCUCCACCAUGUGACUGUUGAGGAUGUUCCUGAUGAGGAGUUGAAGUCUCCUUCGGCUUCCGAUUCCGCCGAAAAGGCAUCUUGGGGUCAGACUCCCUCUGCUAAGGCAUCCGGGAAGCAGCCUGCGAAGGAAUCGGGUCCUCUUGACACCCAAUCGCAUGAGGCCUUCCCUGAACUUGGUGUCCCAAAGACAGCUGCUGCUUCCAAGUCCAAUAUCUCUCCUAUUUGGGGUGGUGCGAAUGGCAAGACAAACGGGACAUCAUGGUCAACCAAUGGUACUCCUCGAACUUCUACUCCAGCUUCGGGUGUCUCCACGCCUACUGGGGUUCCUCCGCCUGUCUCGAUACCCGGUCGCAACGUUGAAACGUUCCUCUUAGAGGCACGCCAUGUUCUGCCUCGCACCCAGCUUAAGCGUCCCCUCCAAGAUAUCCUUAAGGAUAUCAACCGCAAGUCACGCGCUCAAGUUUCGUUGGCUCCAGCUCCUAGUGGAUACUUCAAGUUCGAGGCGACUGGGCCACAAGACAAGGCGCAACAAGCUCUUCGAGACCUAGUUCAACAAAUCGGGAUCAAGACUUCCAUUCCCGUCCCGAUCCCUCUGUCUGCAAGAGCACAUAUUAUUGGCAAGCAAGGCUCCACUAUCAAGUCGAUUCAAGAAAAGUCCGGUGCUAGAAUUCAGCUACCGAAGAUCGAUGAUGCUGCCGGUAACUUGGAUGAAGAUGAAGAUGCUACCAUCGAUGUAAUUGUUGAGGGCAAUGCACUUUCGGCGGCCUUGGCUCGUGAUGCUAUCAAUAAAAUAGCGGGGGAACGAUCUGCAAAUCUCAACACGAAGUUGAAGUCCAUCCCGUCCGAAUUUUAUCCAUUCAUAGCUGGUCCAAACAACAGCCUUACUGCAGCUUUGGAGGCUGAGCAUGGUGUGCAAAUUCGUGUACCUCCCCACCAGCCAUGGUCUCAUUCAGUCCCUCAGGUACCGGCGGCAGGACAGAAGCCGAGCUUUGGACCCCCUACCAACGACAAUUAUAUCCAACUCGCUGGUGAUCGUGCAGCAGUUCAAGCAGCGCGAGCUGCUAUUGAGCGUCAAGUGCAGGAGCUUCAGAACCAACUACUCCUAGACCAGGUUGAAAUUCGUCAAGGCACCCACCAAUUUAUCAUUGGCGACCGUGGUAUUCCUACAGAGGACUUCUUUGCCGACACAAAUUGUGUUGUGGUCUUGCCUAGCUCACCAGGCGUUGACACUGUAACUGUAAUUGGCCGAGCCGAUGAUGUAAAUGCUGGAUUGGAAAAGGCUAUGGAUCUUGCUACGCAAGUACACACCUCCGUGUUUGACGUUGCGAAGCACCAUAGUCAUGCCUCCGGCGGUGCUCCGGCAUAUUCGCGAGACGUCUCUCGUUACCUCCACCAGCGAAAUGAGAUUGAGCGACUCGAGAAACUGUACCAGAUUCAUAUCAACACACCUUUCUCGGAGGGUAUAGUCAGCCCAUGGGAACUAUAUGCGAGAGAAGGCAAGAACGCGCUCAAGGCCCAAAAAGAAAUGAGCUCCAUCAUCAACAGCCACCCGCCCUCUCGAUUCGCGACAGUCCCAGUGGAUUCCUUCUUCCACUCCUACCUCAGGAGCGACAUCAGGCCUAAGGUCCAGAAUGACUAUGGCGUCAAUUUGAUAGUCCCGGAUGCGGCAGAAGGUGACCUUCCUAUUCUCCUGGUGUACGAGGGUGCGGAGGCUCCCAGUCAAACUUACCAAAUCCCCCAAAAAGUUCCUACUUCUUCUGAGCUCGAACAAUUUCGACGGGGGUUAGCCGAAGCUCGAAAGAACAUUCUUGAACUCAUCAACAAGCAGGAGCAAAUUAGUACAGCGACUCUGGAAGUGCCAAUGAAAUUCCAGGAGAAACUUCGGAAAUUCAUUAAAAAGGAGCAGGACGCAACCACUCGUGCUGCUGGUGACAUCCCUGUUAGGGUCAGUGUGAGAGGCACCACAGUCACGAUGCGAGGUCCCACUUCUAGCGUGGAGUCUCUUGCGAAGAAGGCCGCAGAUUUCGUAGAGCAAGAAAAGGAAGACGAAAAGGAGCGCGGGUUCAUCCUGAAGUUCGACUUCCCACAGAAAUUCGCCAACCAUCUUAUUGGCAAGGGUGGCAGCCAUAUCAACGAAUUGCGUGAGAAGUUUGAUGUGGAUAUUCAAGUCCAGAAUGGGGAAGUUGAACUAAAGGGACCCAAAGCAAAGGCCGAACGGGCAAAAACCCAUAUUUCAUCCCUUGCCCGUCAAUGGGCCGAUGAAACUCUCCACACCUUGAAGAUUGAGCCUAAGUAUCAUCGUGAGUUAAUCGGUGCUCAAGGUGCUCAGAUUCACCGUCUACAGAAUCGUUACAACGUUCACAUCAACUUUCCCAAGACUGGAAAGCCUGCCAAGGACGAUGAAUCUGUCGCUGAUGUCGCAAGCGAAGCCGGAAAACCUCGACGACAGCAAGGUCCCGAUGAGGUUACGAUCAGGGGACCCAAGAAGGGCGCAGAUGAGGCCCGCGAUGAAAUCUUCUCGCUUUUCCAGUACCUCAAGGAUAAUUCGUUCGUCGCUACCGUGUCCGUUCAGCAGAAGCAACUGCCGUCUCUGAUUGGUUCUGGCGGUGCUGGUAUGGAUGAACUUCGUCAAACCACCGGAGCAAAGAUUGAUAUCCCUAAUGAUCGUAACGAAUCUCAAGAUGCUACGGUGGAGAUUCAGAUCAAGGGCACUAAAGCACAGGUUGCAGCAGCCAAGAAGAUUAUCGAAGAGAAGCGGACAGUAUUCGAUGAAACAGUCACAAAGACCGUUGAAAUCGAUAGGAAGUGGCACAAGACCCUCAUUGGUCCCGGCGGCUCAACUCUUCGCGAUAUCGUCAUCAAAGCGGGUGGUCCUGAAGAUAGACGGCUUCAGGCUCGAACUAUUCAGUUCCCCAAGCAAGAUACGGAUGGAAAUUCUAUCAAGAUUGAGGGACGACAGGAUGUUGUCGACAAGAUCAUCGAUAGCAUUAAAGCUCUAGUGUUAGAACGCGAGAGCCAGAUCACGGAAUCUAUGGAAGUGCCCGUUGAAAAGCACCGGUCGCUUAUUGGGCGCGGGGGCGAGACAAAACGCCAGCUCGAAUCGCAAUUCAACGUAGCCAUUGACAUUCCGCGACAAGGAAGUGGUCUGACUGGCGUGAAGCUCGUCGGGCAGCCUGCUAAUGUUGAGAAAGCGAAGGAUCAUAUUUCAUCGCUUAUCAAGGAACAGCAAGGUGAGACGGUCCAGGUCCCGCGAAAGUAUCACCAUGCCAUCUCGGAGAACGGCCAGUUCUUCCGUAGACUUAGAAACGACCAAAAAGUCACCGUGGAUCAUGCUGGCCAAGCUGUGCCACCUAAGCCCAAACCCUCUUCGACCCGGGCCAAUACGGGUGCCCUCCCCUUGAUUACCGAUGACGCAGAGGCUGCGAACGAUGCGCAUUCCUGGACAAUAGUCGACACUGCCUCUUCGGAAGAUGGCGAUAUUCCAUGGGUGCUAAAGGGUAACCAAGAAAACAUUGAGAAGGCGAAGAAGGUUAUCGCGGCAGCUCUUGAGCAAGCCCAAAAGAACAACACUACCGGGUACCUUAUCCUGCCAGACCCGUCUACGUACCGCCACGUUAUUGGCCAAGGCGGUUCGAAGGUUAACUCGAUCCGCAAACAAAGCGGAUGCAAGAUCAACGUUCCCCGCGAUCAAGCCAAGGAUGAGGCUAUAGAAAUCCUAGGCUCUAAAGAGGGCUGCGAGAAGGCCAAGGAACUCAUCCUCCAGGCCGUGCGCGAAGGACAAGCUGGAAGGCGGGAUUAGAUGUCCCACAUACAGCAAAGUCCUACUUGCAUAGAGGCGGUUACUUGGGGCUAACUGUUAAUGCGUAACGUUGGGAACGGCUCCGGGGGUCGGUGCUGUCGGUGGAGGCUUGGUGGUGAAGGGGAUCGUAUGAAUUAUCUGUAUCCUAAGUGACUAAAAAAUUCGGACAAGCAGGUAUAAAUAAAAAUUGCUAUGAUUACUCAACUCA